CUGAAAGUCAUAUCAAUAUCACCGGGAACACGGGUGCGUGGAUUGCGACAGAGACACUCCCGUGUGUGUGUGGAGGGGGCAGAGUCGAUACCACUCCAUAAAAUUACCAAACUGAAAUUGCUUAUGAUGUGUACAAACCAAAAUAUUGACUUCGGUUCUCGUCAGUGGCAACCGGUUGUCUGGCAUGUGUUUUUGAAUGACACCGACAUAGUGAAAGAGCUACGAUACUAACUUAAGGAUCUUGCCUGUCACAACUGUAGCUAUUCAGAAUGUCUCACGAAUGCUGGAGGUACAACUCGUCCGAUGUUGCCAUCAGGACUGUCUUCUCGUGCUCCUGUGGUUGCUGUGGUGACGCUUACCAAAGAUUCUGCUGUGAUACGUCGUUCUGUGAUCCAAACGGAAGAUGCAGCGGUAUUUACCUAAGCCAUGCCAGUGUAAUAGCUCUUAUAUGCGUGUCCUCGCUGAUAUUGAUUGGGGCAGGGGUGGCACUUGUCUUGGUGUGUCGGAUGAAGAAACGACCUUUCCUGUGGAAAUCCGGAAGAACCCCUAAGGAAAAGAUAAAAGAAAUAUUGAAAAGCGAUAAAGACUACUCUGGAGAAGAUGGCAGCAGUACCUCAGACCAUCCGUAUUACAUCUACCCAGAUUUCCCCCUGCCCCAAGACUUACAGAUGCAGAAACAUAUGCAGCUGCAGACACAGACACAAUCGCAGACACAGCAAGAGCAGCUGCAGACUCAGAUACGGUCACAGACACGGAAAGAGCAGCUGUCCUAUUGCUGACAGACGAUGAUUCAUGCCUGAAAACCCGCCACGAGCAUGUAGAUAGACACGACGAGCAAUGGCGUAGUCCUCAAUGAGCCAUGUCACCGGUUGAUAUAUGACGUCACUUUUGUAAGAACUUUGUUGCGGCUGAGAAGAUUAUGCGUUACGUGACAAGAACAACACAAACACAAAUUAUCCUACACAGGGAACUUACGCCCUAAUAAUUGUAAUACAAUGGUUCAAUGUAGUUCUUCUACAAACCAUCAGUAGACGGGUGUGUCUUGAUUCACGCCCAGUCAACUCCAGCUACAUCGGGGUAAAGAUCGUGUCUGCGCCAGGUAAU